AUGUCUUCUGACUCAGAAUCCUGGGGAGAUGGAUCAGUAAACGACAGGGUGCUUCGACAGACAGGAGGCGGGGGGGCUGGAGGAGUGGAGGUAAAGGUGGGAGACUUUGUGAGGAUCUCGAACGGGCAGUUCAUUCCUGCAGACUUGGUCCUGAUUUCUUCCAGUGAAUCUCAGGCAAUGUGUUAUAUUGCAACAGCUAAUCUGGAUGGAGAGACAAAUCUGAAAAUACGGCAGUCUUUGGCAGAAACAGCUGAAAUGCAUAUGGAAAAACAAUUGUUAAGCCUAUCUGGAAGAAUAGAAUGUGAAGGACCUAAUCGUCAUUUUGAUAACUUCACUGGGACCUUGUAUCUAGAUGGUCACAGUCCUGUUCCCCUUGGGCCUGACCAGGUCUUGCUAAGAGGCACUGAGCUUAGAAAUACUCAGUGGGUAUUGGGCAUUGUUGUUUAUACUGGAUCUGAAUCCAAAUUCAUGCAGAAUUUAGUCAGAUCACCUCUCAAGAGGUCAAAUGUUGAGAAAGUCACCAACAUGCAGAUCUUUGCUUUAUUCAUCCUGCUCCUGGUCAUGUCCUUUAUGAGUUGUGUGGGGGCCCUAUUCUGGAAUCAAACAAACGGGACAGACAUCUGGUACCUUGGAAGUAAGGAUGUCCACAGCUUUGGGUUUGACCUAUUGGUGUUCAUCAUCUUGUACCACAAUCUCAUUCCCAUUAGUCUGCUUGUGACCCUUGAAAUUGUGAAAUAUAUUCAGGCCCUGUUUAUAAACUGGGAUGAAGAUAUGCAUUAUGAGGGAAAUAAUGUCUUUGCAAUGGCCAGAUCAUCAAAUCUGAAUGAAGAGCUUGGGCAGGUAAAAUACUUAUUUUCUGAUAAAACGGGAACCCUCACUUGCAAUGUUAUGACAUUUAAGAAGUGUACCAUUGCAGGCAUAAUUUAUGGUAACCACUCAGAAAUAAGUGAUGCUGACAGAGACUAUAUCAGUCAGUCAUCUCCUUCCUUCAUGGAUCAAUGUGAUCAAUGUGAAUUUGAUGACCCGGCAUUGUUAAGGAACUUUAAGAAUGGCCAUCCCACAGAAAAAUAUAUAAAGGAAUUUCUUACCCUUUUAUGUGUGUGCCACACUGUUUUUCCUGAGAAAGAUGGAAAUGAUAUAAUCUACCAGGCCUCCUCUCCAGAUGAGGCAGCGUUAGUGAAAGGAGCAAAAAAACUUGGCUUUGUUUUCACUACCAGAACACCAAGCUCUGUUACCAUAGAAGCUAUGGGAGAAAAACAAACAUUUGAAAUUCUCAAUGUCCUGGAGUUUUCUAGUAAUAGAAAAAGGAUGUCUACAAUUGUCCGAACUCCUACAGGCCAACUCAGGCUCUACUGUAAAGGGGCUGAUUCAGUGAUUUUUGAAAGACUUUCAGAAGAUUCUCUGUUUGUGGAGGAGACAUUAACCCAUCUGGGACAUUUUGCUUCAGAAGGUCUGAGAACUCUCUGUAUUGCCUAUACAGAUUUAACUGAGAAAGACUAUCAGGAGUGGUUGAAGGAGUAUAAAAAAGCUAGCACAGUUUUGCAAGACAGAAUUAAAAGAUUGGAAGAUUGUUAUGACACUAUCGAAAAGAAAUUUCUGCUACUUGGAGCUACAGCCAUUGAGGACCGCCUUCAAGCACGUGUUCCAGAGACCAUAACAGCUUUACUGAAAGCAAACAUAAGAAUAUGGGUCUUGACUGGAGAUAAACAAGAAACUGCUAUUAACAUAGCACAUUCCUGCAAAUUGAUAUCGGGUCAAAUGCCUCGUAUUCAACUGAAUGCAAAUUCGUUUGAGGCAACACAACAAGCAAUUAAUCAGAACUGUGAAGAUCUUGGCACCUUGUUAGGGAAAGAAAAUGACCUGGCCCUAAUCAUCGAUGGUGAUACUUUGAAGUAUGCCCUCACUUUUGAAACUAAGAGGAACUUCCUAGACUUGGCUCUCUCAUGUAGAGCAGUUUUAUGUUGUAGGUUAUCUCCCCUCCAGAAGGCUGAAAUAGUGGACAAUGUUAAGAAGCGGGUGAAAGCCAUCACCCUGGCCAUCGGGGACGGAGCCAACGACGUGGGGAUGAUCCAGACAGCCCACGUGGGUGUGGGGAUCGGCGGGAACGAGGGCAUGCAGGCCACCAACAACUCGGACUACGCCAUUGCCCAGUUUAGUGACUUGGAGAAACUUCUGCUGGUUCACGGAAUUUGGGAUUAUUUUCGAGUGACCAAGUGCAUAUUAUAUUGCUUCUACAAGAACGUAGUGUUAUACGUUAUUGAGCUUUGGUUCACCUUUGUGAAUGGAUUUUCUGGGCAGAUUUUAUUUGAUGAUUGGUGCAUCAGCUUGUACAAUGUGAUUUUCACUUCAUUACCACCUUUUGCCCUGGGAAUCUUUGAAAAGUGUUGCAGUCAGGAGAGCUUGCUCAAGUAUCCACAACUCUAUACAAUUUCUCAGGGAAAGGAAAUUUUCAAUACACAGGUGUUCUGGAUCCAAUGUCUGAGUGCUUUGGUCCACUCCUUCAUUCUCUUCUGGUUUCCCACAAAAAUGCUCUGGAAAGAUACAGUCUUACCAGGUGGUUUCACUACAGACUAUUUGUUUCUUGGAAAUAUUAUUUAUACGUAUGUAAUUGUUACUGUUUGUCUGAAUGCCGGUUUGGAGACACUGUCUUGGAAUAAAUAUAGUCAUCUGGCAGUUUGGGGAAGCAUAAUAAUCUGGUUGGUGUGUUUUGCAAUCUACUCUCACUUCUGGCCCACCAUUCCCGUGGCUCCAGAUAUGCAUGGACAGGCCAAUAUGAUCCUGGUCUGCCCACUCUUCUGGCUGGGUUUUUUCUUGAUCCCCACUGUUUGUCUGAUUCCAAAUCUAACGUGGAAAUCGAUUAGAAAUACCUACAAGGGAAGUUUCCUAGAGCAUGUUCGGAUGCUGGAAAGAAGCAAAGUUAAAGGAAUAGAUUCUUUCAGUAACAUUUUUGAAAGCGUGAAGUCAGCAAACCAGCUGUCCCAAACUAAGCGGUCCUGUGAGGUUGUCUUCCGAAAUGAAUCUGUUGAUCAUAGUAUCCCACUUCAGGUGUGGCCAAACUGAAUCAGGUUGGGCCUUAAUCUCUGUUACUGGGAGCCUUCUAGAGAGCAGCCAGAGUCAGAGAAAGUCAAGGAGGAAGCCAGG